AUGUCACACUUUUCCACAACUCAAUAUGACAGCUUCUCAGGCGCCUACGACAGCGUCAACGACCUCCCCAUCACCCGCGCAAUCGUGCCCAACGUGGAACGCCUAGUGGCUCCCUACAUCAAAGGAGCGCGCGUCCUGGAACUGGCAUGCGGCACAGGCUCCUUCACGCGCCACCUGCUCGACUGGGGCGCCUCGAGUAUUGUGUGCGUGGACGUGUCGCAGUCCAUGAUCCAGGGCGCACAGUCAGAGCUGGAACACUAUUCCCAGCACAAGGGCAAGUACAGAUUCAUGGUGGCCGACUGUGCGACGCCCUUCACCGUCACGGGUGGCGAAGACGGCACCACGUCGCAGGAAGGACAGUUCGACCUCGUCUUCGCGGCAUGGCUGUUGAACUACGCGCCCGACCUGCCCACUAUGACGGAGAUGUUCAAGAACAUCGCGCGCCACUUAGCCCCAGGGGGACGGUUCAUCACGGUGCUGCCCCACCCGGAGGAGGAUCCGAAGGUGUGUAUCGACCAUGUGAAUGCGCAGUACGAGCAAGGGUACGGGUACCGGGUCGAUGUGCGCGAGGGACUGCCCGGGGCGUACAAGGGAUAUUUGGUGGAGUUGCAUUUCGACACGGACCCGCCCGUCGAGUUUGGGAACUAUUAUCUCUCGAUGCGCGUGCAUGAGCAGGCCGCCCGCGAUGGUGGGUUGACGGGGAAGCUGGCGUGGGAGGAGAUCCGUGUGCCUGAGGAGGAGGAGGUGUUGAAUCGGUACAUGAAGGAGCCGAUCCCGAAGGGGUAUCUUGAUGAGUGGCUGAAGUAUCCGGACUUUGGGAUUCUAGUGGUUGAGAAGGAAUGA